AUGACCAACGUCUUCAACGUUCAAGUCUUCUUUGUGGUAUUCAGAGAAUCGUUGGAAGCCGUGCUUGUUGUGUCUGUGCUUUUGGCCUUCCUUAAACAAGGGUUGGGAGGUGCUGAUCAGGACCAGACCGUAUACAAGAAACUCAGACUACAAGUUUGGGUGGGAUCCAUUUUAGGAGUAUUUAUCUGUUUAUGUAUUGGAUGUGCUUUUAUUGCUGUCUUCUACACCCUUGGACAUGAUAUUUGGGGAAAGUCGGAAGAGAUAUGGGAAGGAACCUUUUGUAUGAUUGCGACCAUCUUGAUCACUAUCAUGGGUAUCGCCAUGUUGCGUAUUAACAAAAUGAAGGAGAAGUGGAGAACCAAGAUCGCCCAAGCUUUGAUUAAACAGCCUGUUCUCAGGAAAGACAGAUUCAAACUUGGCCGUUUGACUACGAAGUAUUGUAUGUUCGUGUUGCCAUUCAUCACAUGUUUGAGAGAAGGUUUAGAAGCCGUGGUGUUUGUCGGUGGUGUUGGUUUGUCUGAACACACAGGCGCUGCAGCAUUCCCUCUUCCUGUCAUAUGUGGCUUGAUUGCCGGGAUCGCUGUCGGUGUCUUGCUAUACUAUUUCGGCUCUACUGCAUCUUUGCAGGUCUGCUUGAUUGUGUCUACUUGUAUCUUGUACUUGAUCUCCGCCGGAUUGUUUUCCAGAGGUGUCUGGUACUUCGAAACCCAGAUCUACAAUCAGAAGACUGGUGGUGAUGCCUCCGAGUCUGGUUCUGGCCCUGGAUCCUACGAUAUUUCCAAGUCUGUCUGGCACGUCAACUGUUGCAACCCUGAACUCGACAACGGUUGGGAUGUAUUCAACGCCUUGUUAGGCUGGCAAAAUUCGGCGACUUACGGUUCCGUUAUCUCAUACAACUUGUACUGGGUUUUCUUGAUGACUGUGUUGGGCUUGAUGUUGUAUGAGGAGAAGCAUGGGCACUUGCCAUUCUGUAAGAACCUUACCUUAAGACAGCUCAACCCAAUGUAUCAUAUCAAGGGUAAGAAGAAGAACGAGUUGUCAAAGACAGAGCAAGAGGAAUUGUUCGAGAAGGUCAAGAGGCACAACUUCGGUAUCACUGAAGCCGACAAAGAAUCCUCUUCCGACGUCUCAAAAGAAACCAAGGAUGAGGAUAAGAAGUUCGGCGAAGUCACCGUAGAGAAGCUUCCAUCGAAGUAG